AUGAGAUCUACUUUUGCGGCUGCUGCGGUGAUCGCCACAGCAAACGCCCUGGUUGCUAGAGAUACUGUCAUAUGCUGCUUCAGUCUGUCAGCUAUCGGAGGUUCUUCAGGUCUGGUAGGACAGAUUGACGAUGGUCAAACACGCCUCGGCAGCGGUUUGCAGCCUGCCCAGUUCUGUAUCGACUCUUCUGGGGCUAUUAAGGAUGGAAACGGACGUGGAUGCUUUCUUACUCCACCCACAUCACAACUACAGUGUGAUACUGGGGCAACACCACAACCCUCGUUUUCCAUAGAUUCCUCUGGCAAGUUUCACCACAACGAUACUACAGACUUUGUGGCCUGCGUGUCAGGUCAAAGUGACCAACUAAACAUCUACACAAACCCACCACCGGCGGAUGUGAGCGGCUGUAGACCCAUUGAGCUACACGCCGACAGAUGCCUAGGAGGGCCAGUAGCGCCGCCUCCAGGCGGACCAAGUGUUCCUCAGGGUCCUCCUGGAGCUCCACCUGGAGCACCACCAGUAUCACCCCCGAAUACACCGCCACAACCAGGCGCUCUAAGCAGUGCUCCAGGUCCUGGUCGUGUAGGCCCUAUUGCUCCUCCACCAAAGGUUCCACCACCUCCUGAAGGCUCUACCUCAUGCCCAAUUACGACGAUACCCCAAAUUCCUCCUGCAGUCCCUGCCCCAGGUGGCCCAGGUGCUCCGACUCCUCCAGGACCACCACCCGGCGGACAUGGUGGUCCAAUAACGCCAGGUGCGCCUAACACUCCAGCAGAAUCUACUGGGCCCCGAACACCAAGCGCACCAGGUGGUGUGCCUACUGCGCCCGGAAUUCCUCCCUUUGCUAACUCGAGCGCUCCCACACCCACACGCAUCUGCGUAACUGGACCGUGUCCUACUGGUAGAAUUCUCCCAACAGGAACAUCUGGACCAGGUGGAUUUGCUCCCGGAGCUGGAGGACCUUCAGGCGGCGGCUGUGGAACAAACCUUGUCAAUGGCAGCUUUGAGUUCCCUCAUCUUAUUAUCCCCAUUGACAGCUCAUCGCCCAACAAAGCGGCUGGGACAUCGUUCAAUGGUACAAUCACGUCGACAGUAUCCUCAAUCUUCAACUUUGAUUUCCUUCCCAGCUCGGCAAACAAGCAAUGCUCACUGGUCUUCCUGUUCCCAACCCAGGAUAAACUCGAGACAUCUUCAUUCAGCUUCAGCGGUGAUGGAGCCAUCAGAUUUUUGGAAUUGCAAGCACCAGCUAGUUCCUCGACAUCAUUCUCCAACGCGCCGCAAGUGAAGGUUGAUUUUGGUGUGACGAAUGUGUCGCCGGGUCAUGUGUUUACUAUUGCGACUUUUGCAUGCCCGGCUGGUCAGACAGUUGCUUUUGAGUUGAAGAAUGCUGGAAGCACGAGUUUGGACUUCUUUGAAGAUUUCAACCCGGCUCCGAUUGGUCUCUUUGUCACUACAUGUUAA